AUGGAACAUGCAAACCAAAGCAUGCCUAAUACGAUUAAUCAACAGGACGAAAACAAAAGUCAGUCGAAAGUGGUCCUGCCUAAAGGAAAGACAUCGAUGACUCGCGGGGUUUUGGGUGAAGUGCAUCCAAAUGUGCAGUGCCAACGUGAUAUAUCCAAGAAAGCCACAAUUCCUGAUGCCGAGUGUGAGAAAAACCCGCUAAAGGCUGUAAAACAAAGAACCUAUCGCUAUGUCCAGGCAAAGGUUGACACUGGUCUUGGCGCCAAAUCUAUUCCAACAUCGUCGAGGCCAUCUCUACAAGCUACAUGUGCUGCAAUGCCUACUAGAAAUGCUGUUAAAGAAGAUCUCAAAAAAGACAUUGAAAUUGAAUCAAAUAAGGUUUUAAAACAAGUGAAGAGGUCAAGAGACCAGAAAAAUCUUAAACUCAAUCCCAUUAAAGAGAUUAGUGAAGAAGAAAAGAAUCGUAUUAUUAAAGACCCUACGGAACCUCUAGGAAAACUGAAAUUAGCAGAAACAGAAAUUUUUGUUGAGCCUUUGAUGGUACCUAUAUUAACACAAGACAUUGAAGAAAUGGAUGCAAGUGACCCUAACCCAAGGUUGACGUCUAUCUAUAUUAAGGACAUCUACAAACAUCUGACCACCCUCGAGAAGAGAUAUCCAAUUGUAAAGAACCAUUUAAAAAAUCAAAAUGAAAUAAAAGGUCACAUGAGGGCUCUUCUGAUAGAUUGGCUGGCAAAGCUUCAGUGCGCGUUUUCUUUGCUCCCAGAGACUUUACACUUGGCUGUUGGAAUUAUAGACCGGUAUUUGCAGGUCAUACCCAAUGUACCAAAGAACAGAUUGCAGCUUAUUGGUGUAACUGCAAUAUUUAUCGCCAGCAAAUAUCAAGAAAUAUACCCUCUCCACGUCACUGCCCUCGUUCGUGUCACAAACCUAGCAUACACCGAGAAUAAAAUAUUGACAUGCGAGGAGAAAAUAAAAGCCAAGCUAAAUUUAGAUCUGGCGAGGCACGCCACACCGCUCAGCUUCAUCAGGGGGUUCAUCAAAGUGGCUCACGGUGCAGCAAAGAAUCAUCACUUAGCAAAAUACUUUGUCGACCUGUGCUUGGUGGAGUACUCCAUGGCUCACUAUAAGCCGUCCGAAUUGGCCGCCGCAGCCGUCUGUCUCUCGCUACACAUCCUCCCUGGCACGCCGCUCCAGGACGUGUGGACACGUACGCUCGCAUAUUACUCGGGGUACGAACUAGCUCACAUUCGACCCAUACUUCGGAAAAUAGCGACCUUAGUGAUAAACGUAGACAAGUCUAAGUACAAAGCGGUCCUUAAAAAGUACUCUCACGUGACAAUGGCCAAAGUGGCGACGCUUCCGCAUCUAAAAAGACGCGCCAUGUUUAAACUCGCUCAGAGGCCUUCGAGUAUCAGUCAUGUUGUGAAUCCGAACGACACCGCUCUCGCGCUAAAUGCAUUCCGUCACAUACUUGCGAAUUCGUUCGCGGAUUCACCGCUCGGAGAGCAGUUCUACUCUCCGAGCGGUGUCGUUCGGAGAGUAGAACUGCUCUCCGAGCGAGGUGAGGUCAAAAAUAUAAAUUGCGCCGAAAGCAAUUCCGCUAAACUUUGGAAGCUAAGUAAAAGUCGAAUAUUGCCGAAGGAAAUAAAUAGAAGGAGAUUUAACCUCCUGAACCUCAGUGAAAUAGAGUUUAAGAGUAGGUUUCGCCCGAGUAAAUCAGCUUUUAAGUUUUUGUGCGCUGAACUUCACCAGAAAACAAGUAUCAAAUCUACCAAAAGGAUCGGCUUAGAAGAAAAGAUCUGUGAUAGUGAUGAUAGUGACGACACUAUUACGGAUACGAAUCCUGAAUGUGAAUGCAAAGUAUGGUGGAGCUACGCACGAUGCAACAACACAUGGGAUGGGACAAAAGUGAGGCAAAUAAUUUUUUGCAAGAGCUACACAGAAACAAUGGACAAGUUUGGUGGAUAUCCACAAAGGCCAUGCUUCAUGACACCUAUACCUAAUGAAACCAUUGAAGGGAGUCCUGAAGCUCUUUACACAAGUGUCCACGAAAAGGCCAGGGUGGUGAUUGAGAAUACAUUUGGGCGGCCUAAAAAUAGGUGGCGUUGCCUCUGA